GCCGACACCUCCCCUUCUCGACUGCCUCUUGCCAAAAACUUUAUCCUCCUCAACUACCGCCAGUCAGACUUUUCUGAAAAGUUUUGUUAACAGCGCCAAUGGGAGAAAUGACGGAGCAAAAGAACUUUUCUGAAGUUAUCACUCAGAUAUUUAAAGAAGCGCCAAAUGCCAGGAAGGACCUUGCUAACCAAAGCAACCUCCUCCGCGUCGCAGAUUACUGCGAGAACAAUUAUCUUCAGGCAGAGGAUACUGAAAAGGCCAUUGAAGAGGCCAAGGGUUUGGUUGCCCAGGCGCUGGCCAGUGUGACCUAUCAGAUCAACAGUCUGGCCAGAACCCUGCUGAGGCUGUUUGACGCCCAGGCCAUGCAGAUCAAGGAUAUGGAGUCCUCAGUCAACCUGCUGUCACUGGGUGCAGCUAUCCACUUUGAGUCAGUGGCCAGGAGAGAGAUUGGUGCUUUUACUACUCCCAAAAACAAGAGCCGUUCCAGGCUUAUGACCCCACCGACUUCAGGAAAGGAGCCAGAGAAAAGCUACUCAAGAGUGCCGAUAUCAUACUCCAUCUUGGACUCUUUUGGACACUGUUUUGAGGCCACUGAGCAGCAGCCCAGAAAGAGAGCAGACACCGCAGACAGCAUAAAGAGCACUACAGACUUCUCUGUAUCCAGUUUGGGCAUCGCUGUGCCUCCACCAUCAGUCCCCACUUUGCAAAGCAACACCACUACCGACAACCUGCCUGCCCCUCCCCCUCCUGCCGAUUUGGACCCCAACGUGCCUGCACCUCCUCCACCGCCACCACCUCCCUCUUCCUCCAUGGACACCAGCCUCCCCCCUCCUCCACCCUCCUCGACCUCACCCACAUGUCUUCCCCCACCUCCCCCUCCUCCACCAAUCUCUCCGUCAAAUGGUGCCUACCCUCCGCCACCUCCUCCUGCAGCAGCAGGAGGUGCCCCUCUUCCUCCCCCACCUCCUGCAGUAUCAGGAGCUGUACCCCCUCCUCCCCCCCCACCUCCUCCAGUAUCAGGAGCUGUACCCCCUCCUCCCCCCCCACCUCCUCCAGUAUCAGGAACUGUACCCCCUCCUCCACCUCCUCUAGUAUCAGGAGCUACACUGCCUCCUCCUCCUCCACCUCCUCCAGUAUCAGGAGCUGCACCUCCUCCUCCUCCUCCACCUCCACCACCAGCCCACAGUGGCACCUCUGGUAUUGUGCCACCACCUCCUCCACUUCCUCCUUUCUAA